AUGCUCCUCUGGAACAGCAGCGGUGCCCUGGCUUUCCUGCUGACAGGCAUUCCCGGGAUGGCUCGUUUCCACCGCUGGGUUUUCUUCCCUUGCUGCCUGAUGUAUCUCAUUGCAAUGCUGGGCAAUGGCACCAUCCUGCUCGUCGUGAGAGCGAAUCGAAGGCUCCACCAGCCCAUGUGCUACUUCCUUUCGAUGCUGGCCACCACGGACCUGGGCCUGACUCUCCCCACCCUGCCCACGGUGCUGCGUGUCUUUUGGUUCGGCACUGGAGAGAUCAGCCUCCCAGUCUGCCUCACCCAGAUGUUCUGCAUCCAUGCUUUCUCCUUCAUGGAGUCCUCGGUGCUUCUGGCCAUGGCCUUUGAUCGCUACAUGGCCAUCUGCUGCCCGCUGAGAUACUCCUCCAUCCCCACCAGUGCCAGGAUUGCAAAGAUUGGGCUGGGGAUGGUCUGCCGUUCUCUGAUGCUGCUCCCGCUCAUCUGCCUGCUCACGCAACUGCCGCUCUGCGGGUCCCGCGUGCUGUCCCACUCCUAUUGCCUGCACCAGGACAUGAUAUGGCUGGCGUGCACAGACUCCACCCUGAACAGCCUGUACGGCCUAACCCUGGUGCUGUUCGUGAUCCUAGACUCAGUGCUCAUCACCUUGUCCUACACCAUGAUCAUUAAGGCCGUGGUGAGCAUCACCUCCAGAGAGGAGCAGACCAAAGCCCUCAACACUUGCAUCUCUCACUUCUGCACUGUCCUUAUCUUCUAUGAUGUCCCCAUGGUCGGCCUGUCCAUUAUACACCGGUACAGGAAGAAUGCUGCACCCUUCAGCCAUGUGCUCAUGGCCAAUGUCUACCUUUUUGUCCCGCCUGUGUUGAGCCCCAUCAUCUACAGCAUGAAAAACAAGCCCAUUCGCAAAGGCCUCCUCAGGAUCUUGAUCGGUUCGAAGUAA